GAGGCAUGAGGGAGCAGGAGAUGAGAGAGAUCAAGCUGCAUGGGGUCACCAAGUUGGGUUUAAAGAACAUUAUAGAAUUCAUUUACACAUCCAAAGUCACCCUUGACAUGGGUAAUCUCCAGGAAACACUGGAGGCUGCAAACUUCUUGCAGGUCAUGCCUGUUCUGGGCUUCUGUAAUCAGCUUCUGAGCAGAGAGAUCACUAUUGAUAACUGUGUGGAGGUCGAGCAAAUUGCCACAGACUUGCUUCUGGAGGACGUUCAGCUGAAUAUAGGAGAGUUUGUCAGCCAGAACCUGUCAGCGAUGGUGGAAAGUGGUCGCUACCUCCAGCUCUCCGUAACCAGCAUGGCCAACGCUCUGUCCAGCAAUUCCCUGGAGGGUUUCUCAGAGUUGGAGCUCUACAACAUUGCCAGAGGAUGGCUCGACCAUGACUACCCCAAUCGCCGCUCCUCUGUUUAUGCCUUGAUGCGCCAUAUUCGCUUCCCACUGAUGAGCCCCACUGAGCUGAUACAGAUCUCCCAGGAUGAGGAAGAGGGAGGAGACUCCAUGAUGCGCACUGAUACAGCUUGUGUGAACCUCCUGCUGGAGGCCAGCAACUACCAGAUGAUGCCUUUCAUGCAGCCAGCUCUGCAAACGGAGCGGACACAAAUACGCUCAGACGCCACCCACAUUCUGGCACUGGGUGGUGUGAUGCGACAGCAGCUGGUGGUGAGCCGGGAGCUGAGGCUGUAUGAUGAACAGACCGGCCAUUGGAGGGCUCUGAAGCCUAUGGAGGUGCCACGUUAUCAGCAUGGUGUAGCUCUUCUAGGCGGCUUCCUCUUCAUUGUUGGAGGCCAGAGUACUUAUGACACCAAGGGUAAGACAGCCAUAGACAGCGCCUACCGCUAUGACCCGCGCUUCGACAAGUGGCUUCAGAUUGCUUCACUCAACGAGAAGCGGACUUUUUUCCACCUGAGCGCUCUGAAGGGGAAACUGUAUGCAGUCGGAGGAAGGAAUGCUUCAGGAGAGAUUGACACUGUGGAGUGCUACAACCUGAAGAAAAAUGAGUGGACAUUUGUGACCAGUAUGGUGGAGCCUCACUACGGACAUGCUGGAACAGUUCACGGAGACCUCAUGUAUAUCUCAGGUAAG